CACCAACAUGGGAAGCCCGGCCGGCACCGACGCCGUCGGAUGGCGCGUCCAAGUCCUCUGGGAGGAAGAAGACGCUUGGUUCGAAGGAAUUGUGACGGAAUACGAUGACGAGAAAGGCUACUAUGUUUGCUACGACGACGGGGACGAGAAAUGGCAGGCGACUCAGGACCCUGGAGCUAUGAAAUUUUUGUCCAACACGCUUGGUCAAAGCGUGGAAGCUAGGGUUUCCAGUGUCGUGACACCACCAGCCACGGCACGUCAGGACGAUCCACGCAAUGGCGAGGAAGCUGUGGGGUGGCGAGUUCAAGUGUUCUGGGCCGACGAAGGCACAUGGUUUGACGGAGUUGUCACAGAGUACGAUCCAUCGAAAGGAUAUUUUGUAUGCUACGACGAUGGCGAAACGAAAUGGCAGGCGUCGAACGACCGCGCGACGAUGGUGUUUGUGUCGACCGGUGUACCGAUCCCAAAGACAACUCUUUUGGAGGCUGCGCUUGAGCCCAGCACUAAUGACCCUCCUAGCGCGACGAAAACAGACUAUUGCAACGAUGAGUCCGAGCAUCACGGCGACGAUGACGGCGGGGAGGACACCGCGCUCCUUGGUCACGAGGAAACUACAAUCGAAACACCGAGGGCUGGCCACCAACUGAGCCAAAAAGAGGAUAAACCCUCGACACCAAUUGAAGACGGCGAUGCAGAUGUAUUGUCCACAGACAACUUCACGAGCGUGGCUCUUAUGCCCCAGGUUUCCGCGCCAGUUUCGUCGACUCAAGAUAAAGACAACACUAUACAGUUAAAGCAGCAACAAGAACCGUGUUCCAAAUCGGUGUCAUCCAAGGCAUGGAAACCCCGCAAGAAGCCAGUCAUCUUUUUCCACGACAAGGAAGCUCUGGUCGAGAUGAAGGCACAACUCAUUGCAAGGAAAAAUGCUCUAGAUGACAACCGUCGCCAGCUCCUCCUCAAAGUCACAUUGGCCGAAAAUGCCGAAGCGGCACAGAAACAAGAGGUAGCAGACCUGACGGCCAACUUGACAGUGGCACAGCUCAAGACAACUCGUCGGGUAGCGCCGCCAAGGCCGCAGUCCACCGAAGAACGAUCGCUCGACUUGACCGUGAGGACCCGCCAAUUAAAAAAGGACAAUGCACAGCUUCGGCAAACGAUCGUAGAGGCAACUAAGCGCGUGGAGGCCAUGCAAGGCAAACUAAACAAGGCAAGGGCAGAGUGGAACGCCCUUCCUGCGCAGUGUCGCCUUACACUUGGAGAUAUCGAAUCGCAAAUCGCAUUGUUGCAAGUGGAAAAGGAAGCCUUGACAGAAGAGCUCCGUCAGCGCCGCGAACUUACCACGGACCCCGCUAAUACGCAGUAUGAAGGCGUGGCGCUCAAGCAGCAACUUGCCGAUUCGGACACGAGAAUGUGGCAGCUGAAAUCCGAGUUGCAUCAGUGGAAAGGUCUGUGUGAGCAGGAGCGCACUAAAGUUGAUGCAAUGCAAGCUCGCCUGACGGCACUCAAGGCUGAAAUGACACCGAUGCGAUCGUCGCGGAUUCUCCUGCGCAGCGCGUUCGACCGAUGCGACAAGGACAAGAGCGGCGAGUUGACCGUUGACGAAACUGUUCAGAUGUUGCUGUUGCUGGCGCCUCCCGAAGGCGACGUUUGCGAGGACGACAUUCGGUCGCACUUUGCUCAAUCCGACAUGAACCACGACAGCCGCAUCGACUUUGCCGAAUUCUGCAAUGCCGUCGAGCGAUUGUUCAACCCAGAGUGAACUAGCUAGUUCAUCAUGUCUUGGUUUCAGGCACUGUGCAUACGUUUUCGUUUCACGUGGUUAUCCACGGC